AUGAACCACUCAGUCCUCAUUGUCGGUGCAGGCCCAACAGGACUAAUUUUAGCUAUCACCUUAGCCUUGAAUGGCGUCCACGCCCGAGUCAUCGAGAGGGAUACAGCUCGCAAGAUUGGCCAGCGAGCGUCGGACAUCCUGUCCUCCUCCUCGCAGAUUCCCCAGAUGGCGGCCUACCCGAUAGGCGGCAAUGUUCCUAUCAAGACCAUGGACAUGCUCAGCGACGCGGCAGAACCAUCGGACGCUUUCCCUACGACCCGGGCAGUGAUGCUUGGCCAGGAGAAGCAAGUUGAGAUCCUUACAGCCCACCUUUUGAAACUAGGGGGCGUUGUAGAACGCGGCAUUGAGCUGGUUUCCUUCGAGCAGUCCUCCGAACACGUUUCUGCUGUGUUGAAGCGAUGUGGGGACGAAGAAGUGACCGAAGAACGGGCGACCUUUGACUACCUAGUCGGCACUGAUGGUGCUCAUAGUCAGACUCGCAAGCAACUAGGGCUCAGCUUUCUGGGGGAGACACGAAAGGCUCAACAAAUGAUCAUUGGUGACGUAUAUUUACGCGGCUCUCUAACUCACGACCAACCCCUUUGGCGCAUCUGGGGCGAUAUGUCUUCGUCAUUCCUUGCUCUCCGCCCUGUUGUCGAGACCCCGGGUCUUUUCUUUCUUUUCAUUGGCGGCCCCGAAGCGAGUCAAAGCAUCUUAUCUGACCACGAAGAACUUGUUUGUUAUUUGAGGAGGACGUCCGGCCGGCCUAACUUGGAUUGCGACAAGCCCACAUGGCUGUCUCCGUAUACUCCUAACGUACGCAUGGUUGAUUCGUUCCGCAAAGACAGAGUGUUUGUAGCAGGAGAUGCGGCCCACGUUCACAGCCCUGCCGGUGGUCAGGGAUCAAACUCGGGGGCCCAAGACGCCUUCAAUCUGGGUUGGAAACUUGCUCUCGUCGUUAAAGGCCUCGCAAGACCCCCUUUGCUCGACUCUUAUAACGCCGAGCGGCUUCCUGUCAUCGCUGAAAUGCUUCAGCUCACUUCAGCACUCCACGACAAGACGUUCAAGGCCGGGUUGGACGACCAAGCGUGGAAGAGAGGCAGCCACUUGGACCAACUUGGCGUCAAUUAUCGUGGUACUCCGUUCGUCCUGGACGAGAUUGAGGGCAGGCCACCGAGCACCAGCAACUGCUACGAUUCAAGACCAAGUGGUGUAUUGAUGGCGGGCGAUCGUGCUCCCGAUGCUUCGUCGCUCAUCCCCAGUCGAGGCGUACUCACCGGCGAUCGGCUAUUCGACAUAUUCAAUGCAACUCGCCAUACUAUCCUCGUCUUUACCGGACAAGAGAGCGACCCUCAAGCAUCGCUAGUUGUACAAUUGCUCAAGGCUUACCCGCCGGGCCUCUUUAAGUCGGUCGCAGUCUUACCAUCAGAUUCGACAACUAGCUUAGAUGUCGGGUUUGAUCUCGUCGUCAAGGAUGGACAGGGGAAUGGGUAUGCAGCAUAUAAAAUUCCCAGCGACAGUACAGUUAUUGUAGUCGUGCGCCCGGACGGCGUCAUCGGGGCGAUGCUGACCAACUGCGAUGGGCUGCAUCGAUACUUAGACAUCAUAUCCUUCUGA